AAAUUGAUAUGUCGGCCGUUUGGGAACUGCGAACCCUGUCCUGACAAUGCUUUACACGAACCCUUCUGCGAACCGUUCGGGAAUCGACGGUUAAUGCAUUGCGUACCCGCAUCUUCCAACUCUUCCUCCUCCGAUUCUUCUACCUCGUCCUCACAUACGCCACCGCACACCUCCUCCCGCGAUUUCUCCAACCACGCACCACCGCCCCGCCAACAAUCCCCCUCCUCCUCUUCCUCCCCUCCACCCUCCUCUCACUCCAACUCCAACAAACUCCCCUCCUCCUCUUCCUCAAACCCCCACAAAGACCUCGAAGGCGAAACCCCCGCCUGGGAAUCCUGCGGCCGCCUCACCUCCGUCGAACGUGCCGAUUUCUGGGAAUUCGUCCUCUGUAACUUCGUGUUCUGUGUCCUAGCGUUGGGAAUGGUGGGGGUUAGGGGGAAGAGGAUGAAGGCGGUGCAGGCGAGGAUGUUGGCGGCGAGGAUUGGGUUGGUUAGGGGGGGUGGGGGGAGGUAG